AUAAGGACGAACCAGGGAGAUCCGUAUUAUUGAUUUUUUUGUCAUUUCGUGACCCAAGCCGACGAUAGCUUAUGAAGGCGACCUCCCCCAGUCUUCACCAACUCUUACAUUAAUCAGACUUCGAAACAACUUGCUUGUUCAAGUGCACUCACUCAAAAACCGGAUGCCAGUAGGUUUCAGGGUCCAUCAGGAGAGAGAGAAAGAGAAUGUGCACUGUUUCGGGGCCUUCCUCUCGGCGGUUUUAACAGCGCACCGGUCCCGUUCGCUGAUGCGAGGCCCCGCCUACUGGAUCGACUGACUAGUAUUCGAUCUUAAGUCCAUGUCCGGGGGUCAUUAUCUCUAUUCAAAUAAGUGGAGUUGUGCAGGUCGGAAAUGCCAUAUAGGCAAAAUAGGGGCCUGCCCCCAACUCGCAACCUACACAUCACCUCUCUGCUAGUCAGGUUUCAUAAUUCGUUUAUCAGCCAAUGGCUGGCUCUCUCUCUCUCUCGACUGUCGCAGCCUCGACCAAACUCCGAUAUUGUCAUUAUACAUUAUAUUACGAGUUUACCGUGCAGGCGCAAUGGCCCAGUGGUUAGGGUAGCGGACUCGCGGUUUGGAUUCCCAGACCGGGCGUUGUGAGUGUUUAUUGAGCGAAAACACCUAAAAGCUCCAUGAAGCUCCGGCAGGGGGUGGUGGCGAACCCUGCUGUACUCUUUCACCACAACUUUCUCUCACUCUUACUUCCUGUUUCUGUUGUGCCUGUAAUUCAAAGGGUCAGCCUUGUCACACUGUGUCACGCUGAAUAUCCCCGAGAACUACGUCAAGGGUACACGUGUCUGUGGAGUACUCAGCCACUUGCACGUUAAUUUCACGAGCAGGCUGUUCCGUUGAUCGGAUCAACUGGAACCCUCGAUGUCGUAUAAGCGACGGAGUGCCAACAUAUGAGUUUACGGACUAAGCCGAUCCUAGAAUCUCACGUGGAUAAGAACAUCUGUAAAAAGACGGCACGUGAGGGAAAUAGGAACAGAACAGAAGAGUCGAGUCCAAGACAGAGCGGAAGUGACGUCAGCGCGAAGUCUGAUCGGUCCCUUUUGGCUCAAUUCUACUAUGCAGAUGAAGAGCUGAACAUGGUGGCUGCAGAGCUGGACAGCUUUGAUGGUCAUAAAGACCCUGAACGCUGCACACUCUUAGUCAACCAGUUACGUGGAUGUCAGGACAAAGUGCUCAACAUUAUCCAAAAGAUAAUGGAUAAAGCCAUUGACGUUGAUAGAGCGAACAGAGAUUUCCGUGUAAAAUUUCCAGAUGAUGUUUUGCAGGAAAGCCUUGCUGGUCAACUAUGGUUUGGAGCAGAGUGUUUAGCUGCAGGAUCGACCAUAAUGAAUCGAGAAGUUGAAAGUGCAAGUAUGCGACCUUUGGCCCGAGCACUAACCAAAAAUCUGGAUAGUUUACGCAGUAUAUUGCGGGAGCAAUGCUUAAAAAAUAUCAAUGUCUACACAGAACGAAUUAAAGAAGCAUUGACGAUAUUUGAUAAAUUGUUUGCUGAGUUUGAAUUGAGGUAUGGCAUUGAUUGUAUUAUUUCUUCAUUUGAAAGGUUUUGUUUCGCUUUUCUUAUUCCAAUUGCUUCAUGGAAGUAAUGCAUGUUAUAACAGCUGUACUGACUGUUUUGGUUCAGGAUAUUACUGUUAAUACAGCCAUCUGUAAAGUAAGUGGGUGUAUAACAUUGAUUCCCAACAUGGUCCCGUGGGCCCCCAGAGAAUUUUUAGUGGUCCCCAGAGAAUUCGUAGCCAUAAAAAAAUUGAAACACAGUAUUGCUCGAUAAUAAAGACACUGCUAGUUAAUAAUAAUCUA